UUUGAAUAAACAAAGUUUAAGUUCCAUCAAAAGUUUGCUAGAAGUUUUCUUCCUUGGAAUAUAUUAGUCUGAAGCGAAAAAUAGAGUCAUGUGGCAUCAAUAGCACACAUGUAAUAUGCAUUUGUCAUAAGGUGGAGUUCUUCCAAUUUACCGAUUCCUAACAUUCAAAGACGAAGAAUUGAGAAUUUAUGAUCUGAAUGUUAACUUGUGGUCAUUGCAUAAGUUUGCGAUUGGAUUUAAGUAGUAAAAGAAAAGUUUAUAAAGUUGCGUUAUGUCAUCAAGAAGAAAGGGUUCCAAUCCUCUAAAUAGAAGAUCAAUGAAUUAUAAAUCAUCUCAGAUUAUAGAAGGAAUAGAAAAUGAUGUAGAAGAAGAAUCAGAUGAUGAACAGUUAACAAUACCUCCUGAUUUAUUUCAAGAUUUCCUACAAUUAAAAACAUCCACUCAUCUUAAUACCAGUCAAUUAAUGAGGAAAUUGAUACAAGAUUACAGUGAAGCAGCACAGAAAUCCACCCUGCUCAAUGCGGAACCAAGUCACAGCAAUACUCAAUCACCAACCAUUACACAAAAUAACAUAAAUUAUGAGGUUGUAGCUGAAUCCCAUGUGAGUCAUUCAUGUCCACCGCCUGAACAUAUGGAUUUUGAUCAGCCAUUGGAUCUUAGUGUAGAAAAACAACAGAAUUAUAGUCAAGGAUCAUCCCCAGUUCAUGACUCUCCUUCACUUUCAAUGCAUUUACCAACUAUUACUAUGAGAAAUAAUGAUUUACCAUUUAUCAAGAGUGAACCUCAGGAAGUGAUGAAAACUGCUGUAAAAGUAGAGCCAGGAUUGCAAACUUCAACACUGACCUCCUUGAUUCCUACAUCUUGUGGUGACAAUCCUUUCAUCUUAAAUGGAAUACCAAAUCUUAUUGCUGUUCCAUUUCUACAAGCACCUAAUUUAAUGGAGACUAUGUCAAGAUUGCCUGGAAUUCCUGUUAAGACAGAAACUCCCAUACAACCAUCACUUCAAACAGUGACAGCUCCAACACCUUCACCACGUGGUAGAAAGCCUGGACGUAAAUCUAGAGGUGGAGGUAUUGCUCGACCAGGAAAACCACAACCUGGAGAAAUGAAGAUAAUUGCUGAGAAUACUUUAUUUCCUGGAGUGUACACUAGUAUACUGAAGUUACCAUGGAGUAGAAGAUCCAGGAACAAACCAUCCUUGACUCAACAAGGUCAAAAGGCCACACUGGACGUCAAACAAGAGAUCCCUGUGAUAGAUUCCUCCAUGUCAAUUCAAUCUGAGGUAAUGUCUGCGUCAGACAUCUCAUCUAAUUCAAAUAAUGCCUUACUGUUGCCUGCAAGUUCUCAAACCAUAAUGUCAACAGCUACCUCUCAGUCAGUUAUGAUGGUGUACCCAAAUGCUUCAUUAUCUGCUGUAGGUAAACCAGUGCGUCGACGUGGUAGACCACCAAAAUUACCAAUGUUGUCUCAUCUUUUAUCAGAGAAGAAAGCUAAGAAGAUGUCAACAGAUACUAAAGUUACAGAUGCUCAAGAUCUCAGUCGUCCUAUACCUAUCCCGAUGAUUACAGAGUCCAUGCCAUUUAUUCAAUGCAAUCCAAUCCAAGUUUCCACACAGCAAGAAAUCCAUGCACAAGUAGAUAUUCCCUCCAUUGUGAAGAUAGAACCCCCAUCUCCACCUAGUGAAUCAGUAAUAGAGAACAAAGCAGACACUAAUAUAUCAUCUAUGCCGGAUCCUAAUGGAACAUUAUAUCAGGAGAUGAUUUUAUCCUCUAAGUCCUUAAUAAAUGUGAGACCAAGACGAAGACAAUUUACAGAUAUCAAGAAAGGAAGUGAUUUUAUGUGGACUUCUUUUAAAAUCAAACCAAGGGGGGGUAAAGUGACAAAAACAGAGAAAAGAAAAAAAAAUUUGAUGCAAUCUAGUGAAUCUUCUAGUUUUGAGGAAGAAAUUGAUGCUAGUCAACAAGAAUUAGAAGUUGAUGAUCAUCAAAUUUCACCAAACAUGUUUCAAGAACUGUAUCAUUGUAAAAUUUGUAAUGCUAUUCUACCAGCAGACAGCAAAUUAAGCCAUCAGCAAGAACAUCGACCAGCCAUGUUGACUUGUACCUUGUGCAAAUCAGGAUUUGUCAGUUAUUCUAAUGGUGAAACUGAUCAUGAAUCAAUGUUGUGUACAAUCUGUGCUAAAGCUUCAAUUAAUCCAUCAAAUACCUCUAUAAAGUCCAUGUAUCAUAAAUUUGCUUGUGACUUGUGUGAGGACAGAUUUAAAUCAUUUCAUGCCUUUAAUGACCAUCGCCAUAAAGUUCAUGGCAAUGAAAAGAUAACUCUUGAUACACAUUCUUGUGUUGAAUGUGGCAAAAUAUUUUUUACAACCAAAGGACUUAAUCAUCAUAUGAAAACUCAUAUGGAUAAAAACAAAAAACAGAUCAUAGGCAAUGGUUCGAAGUUAUUUCAAAUACCAACUCUAGAAAAUACUGUUGAAAAUUUAGAAUCAGAAAUCUGUGAAGUUGAAGAUGAAAAUUUUAUGUGUUCUUUGGAUGAAUGUAAACAAGUGUUUGAGAGUUAUACAGCAUUGGUUGAUCAUAUACAGACUGAGCAUCCUGAAAGUGAAUGUCAGGAUUGUCCCUGGCCUGGUUGUGAUAUGAAGUUUACAUCAGAAAAGGACUUAAAAACACACAUUCUCUCUCACAGAGAUGAAAAACCAUUGAAAUGUGAUUUUUGUGACUAUCGGUGCAGGCAGAAAAAUGCAUUAAGUUGGCACAUGAGAAAACAUCCUGAAGCAGCAUUUAAAUACAGAAAAUAUCAGGCAAAUUUGGGUAGUGAAUAA